UUAGUUCUAAAUCUAGACGUUUCUUUUCUGAGGCUUCAGCCGCGAUCCCUUGUCCUUUAUUAUUUAAAAAGAUUUUUUUUCCUCGAGGGACUUCGCUUCUAUUUGGGCAAACCGACCCGCCCACAUUACCCACGAGGCACCGCGAACGGAGUCGCACUGUAUUUCCCAGAGUUCCCCGCGUCUGUCGCCAGCGUUGAAGACGUCGAAGCCAAGAUGGCGACCGGGACAGGCAAGCACAAGCUGCUGAGUACUGGCCCAACAGAGCCAUGGUCCAUCCGAGAGAAGUUGUGUUUAGCAUCUUCUGUCAUGAGGAGUGGGGAUCAGAACUGGGUAUCAGUUAGCAGAGCAAUCAAGCCCUUUGCAGAACCUGGCCGGCCUCCAGACUGGUUCUCUCAAAAACAUUGUGCUUCUCAGUAUUCUGAGCUCUUAGAGACUACUGAGACUCCAAAACGGAAACGGGGUGAAAAAGGAGAAGUGGUAGAAACUGUUGAAGAUGUGAUUGUUCGCAAACUGACUGCUGAGAGAGUUGAAGAACUGAAGAAAGUCAUAAAGGAGACACAGGAGAGAUACAGGCGUCUGAAAAGAGAUGCAGAACUAAUCCAAGCCGGGCACAUGGACAGCAGACUGGAUGAGCUCUGCAAUGACAUUGCAAUGAAAAAGAAAUUGGAAGAGGAAGAGGCUGAGGUGAAGAGGAAGGCCACAGAUGCUGCGUACCAGGCUCGACAAGCAGUAAAAACACCUCCUCGAAGGUUACCAACUGUGAUGGUCCGGUCUCCUAUAGAUUCUGCCUCCCCGGGAGGCGAUUACCCACUUGGAGACUUGACUCAAACCACUAUGGAAGAGGCUACCUCUGGGGUAACCCCUGGGACUUUGCCGAGUACCCCAGUCACCUCGUUUCCUGGGAUUCCUGACACCCUUCCUCCAGGCUCUGCACCCUUAGAAGCCCCCAUGACCCCAAUAACAGAUGAUUCACCCCAGAAAAAGAUGCUUGGACAGAAAGCAACUCCACCCCCCUCCCCUCUGCUGUCAGAGCUCUUGAAGAAGGGCAGCCUCCUGCCUACUAGCCCCAGACUGGUAAAUGAGAGUGAGAUGCCUGUGCCCUCUGGCCAUCUGAACAGCACAGGGGUUCUCCUGGAGGUGGGCGGGGUUCUUCCCAUGAUACAUGGUGGGGAGAUACAGCCAACAACCAGUGCUGUGGCGGCCUCCCCAGCUGCCUCAGGUGCUCCCACUCUUUCCCGGCUUUUAGAAGCUGGUCCCACACAGUUCACCACUCCUCUUCCUUCCUUCACUACUGUUGCCAGUGAGCCUCCAGUUAAGCUUGUGCCACCCCCUGUAGAGUCUGUGUCCCAGGCUACCAUUGUCAUGAUGCCUGCGCUGCCAGCACCAUCCUCUGCUCCGGCUGUCUCCACUUCUGAAAGUGUAGCUCCAGUGAGCCAGCCUGAGCCCUGUGUACCCCUGGAAGCUGUGGGGGAUCCACAUACUGUGACUGUUUCCAUGGAUAGCAAUGAAAUCUCCAUGAUCAUUAAUUCCAUCAAAGAAGAGUGUUUCCGCUCAGGGGUAGCAGAGGCUCCUGGGGGAUCAAAGGCUCCAAGCAUAGAUGGGAAGGAAGACUUAGAUCUAGCGGAGAAGAUGGAUAUUGCUGUGUCUUACACAGGUGAAGAGUUGGACUUUGAAACAGUUGGAGACAUCAUUGCAAUCAUUGAGGACAAGGUGGAUGAUCACCCUGAAGUUCUGGAUGUGGCGGCUGUAGAAGCAGCAUUAUCAUUCUGUGAAGAGAAUGAUGAUCCUCAGUCCCUGCCUGGCCCUUGGGAGCACCCUAUCCAGCAGGAGCGGGACAAGCCAGUACCUCUGCCAGCCCCAGAGAUGACAGUCAAACAAGAGAGACUAGACUUCGAGGAAUCAGAAAACAAAGGGCUCCAUGAACUGGUAGACAUCAGGGAUUCGGGUGUUGAGAUUAAGGUGGAACCAACAGAGCCAGAGCCAGGCAUGACUGGGGCUGAGAUAGUAGCUGGAGUUGGUCCAGUCCCAAGUAUGGAGCCACCAGAACUCAGGAGUCAAGACUCCGAUGAAGAACCUAGAAGUUCUGCAGCUGGAGAGAUUGGUGAGGCAGAUGGUUCCAGUGGGAAAGGCGAUGAUGAGAGGCCACUUUCAGCUGUGAAGACAGAGGCACCCCCUGAGAGCAUGUUGUCUCCAUCACGUGGCUCAAAUCCUAUUGAAGAUCCUUUAGAGGCAGAGACUCAACACAAGUUUGAAAUGUCAGACUCAUUGAAAGAAGAAUCAGGGACUAUUUUUGGAAGCCAGAUAAAGGAUGCCCCAGGUGAUGAGGAGGAGGAAGAUGGAGUCAGUGAAGCAGCUAGCCUAGAGGAGCCGAAGGAAGAGGAUCAAGGAGAAGGCUAUUUGUCUGAGAUGGAUAAUGAGCCUCCUGUGAGUGAAAGUGAUGAUGGCUUUAGUAUACAUAACGCCACACUGCAGUCACACACUCUGGCAGACUCCAUCCCAAGCAGCCCUGCCUCCUCGCAGUUUUCUGUGUGCAGUGAAGAUCAAGAAGCAAUUCAGGCUCAGAAAAUAUGGAAGAAAGCCAUCAUGCUUGUAUGGAGGGCUGCAGCAAAUCAUAGGUAUGCCAAUGUGUUCCUGCAACCUGUUACAGAUGAUAUAGCUCCUGGCUACCAUAGCAUUGUACAGAGGCCUAUGGAUUUGUCAACUAUAAAGAAAAACAUUGAAAAUGGAUUGAUCCGCAGCACAGCUGAGUUUCAGCGUGACAUCAUGCUGAUGUUUCAGAAUGCUGUUAUGUACAAUAGCUCAGACCAUGAUGUCUAUCACAUGGCAGUAGAGAUGCAGAGAGAUGUCUUGGAACAGAUCCAGCAAUUCUUGGCCACACAGUUGAUUAUGCAAACAUCUGAGUCUGGAAUCAGUGCUAAAAGUCUCCGGGGGAGAGACUCUACCCGAAAACAAGAUGCUUCAGAGAAGGACAGUGUCCCCAUGGGCUCUCCUGCCUUCCUUCUCUCUCUCUUUGAUGGGGGAACCAGGGGACGCCGCUGUGCCAUUGAAGCAGAUAUGAAGAUGAAGAAGUGAAUACCUUCUUUGAGCGGAACCUGAAAUAGAAAUAAGCAAAGAUACCUUAGCUUGGGUUGUGGGCUCCGUUCCACACUUGAUCUUAGUCAAAAGGCUGAGAAGCAGGGAGUCCAGAAGUGGAGUUACAGAAGAGGAGGUGCCGGGACCAAAUGACAUGAGUUGAGAAGAUCUCUUUUCAAAGAGUUGGAGUAGCACAGAUGCCUGUUUUAGGGCAAAAAUCAUGGGCUAUGUUAAUGCCCUAUGUGUAACUAGCAGAUUGUAGCUAAUUUGUACUGUCUUGUGAAGUGUACAGAUUUUUUAAAAAAAUAAUAAACCUGUGAAGUGUGUGUGUAUAUAACAAUCAGAAGGAAAACUCUGGCCUUCGGUGUGUCCUUUGUGUUUGAGAUGUGUUUUCUUUACCACGAUAACUGAGUGUAUAUGGGAUAAGAUGGUUAGAGCUGAGUAGUCCCAUAAGCUGCCUGCUAUGACUGAGAGGAGGUAAGUGACCAAGACCAAAGUUGUACUUAGUGUUUUUAAAGGAUGUAAUUGUGUACAGAGGACUAUUUUACUAUUUUACUGGGCAUUUCUUGAAUGUUUGGGAAGUAUUAAGGUUUUUAGGAUCUGGUUAUGUUUCUUAGGGAUUAGAUCAUGGGCAAAUGUAGCAGACACGUCAGUCGUGGUUUAAAAAAGCACUGUUUUUGCCGAUGCUGUCAGCAUCUCUAUAGAGAUUACUAUUAAAUUUGUGUAAAGGUUAAUCUCUGAGGGUUGUAAAGUUUGGGGCUGGGAAUGUUUUUGGUAUAUAAUGAUACAGCUCUUGGCUAGUUUCCUUAUCAAUUGACAGUGCUGGGAGAAAGAAAUCACAUGGAAGCACAUACCAAUAAUCCUAACACUGAAAACUGAGGCAAGAGGAUAGCUGAGAGUUCGAAGCUAGCCUGGGCUACAGAGGGAGACAUUGUCUCAAAACAAUCUAUUCUGGGGCCUGCAUGGAGUUCUCAGUGGGUUCAGAAACCUAACAUGCCUGACCACCUGAGUCUGAUCUCUGAAACCCACUUCGUGGGAGGAAAGAACUGACUCCUGCAAGGUGUGUUCUGACCUCCACGCGUAGUGGCAUGUGCAUUCUCAUAUAUAUGUACAUGUAUGUGUGCACACAGAUGUAAUAUGU